AUGUCGAACCCAUAUAUUCAUUUGGGAAAUGGCGUGACUGUCACGACCAGACAGGUCGUCAUGAUGGUCUCCAUUUUUAAAAAUGCAAGCAAAGACUUGCUAAAGACUGUGGAUUGGACCGCAGUGAGUCGCGAGAUGGGUCAUGCCUCUCGCCGUGUCGCACGCGACACUUUUACCACCCGGUGCAAGGGUAAGGGUUGGCUAAAAGGCGGAGUGACUAUUCUUCCCGUUUCUGGCGCUUCCGGCGCCGCUCCCGUCGUCGCCCCUCCCGCUGUUGUGCCGGCUGUGGUGCCCGCUAUUCCCAACGCAGCCCCCGCCACUGGACCCACUACCACACCGGCUGCCGCACCUCCGGCCCCGGCUCCGGCUCCGGUCCCCGCCCCAGCUGCUCUCCCUGCUGCGGCCCCUGCGCCGCGUCGCCGCCGUGCCAGAGGAAUUCUCCAUAGAGCUCGUCAGGGUCGCGUUUCGAAGAGUCAUGUUUCUAGACCCUAA